AUGAUAAUAUUGUUCUGUACAGGACUCUUCUCACUGUCUGCAUGUGUUCCUCAUCAGUAUCACUUUGUGAAAGUGGAAAAGAACUGGACUGAAGCACAGACAUACUGCAGAGAGCACUACACUGACCUGGCCACUAUUGACAACCAAGAGGACACAGAUGAGCUGAUUAAAACUGUUAAAGGAGAUGUUGAGCGUGUUUGGAUUGGACUGGAGAAGAGUGGUGAUAUGAGGUGGCAGUGGUCUCUGGGAGAUCCAGCAUUCUACAGAGAGGGAGAAAUGGAGUUUACAAACUGGCACUCAGGAGAACCAAAUCAUCUCGAGACUGAGAAAUGUACUGAGAUGAGACAGGACGGAAAAUGGAAUAAUCAACCUUGUGACCACAAUCAGAUUUCUGUGUGUUAUAAUGAGAGAAAGGUCAGCAGUGACAGAUACAUAUUGAUUAAGGACUAUAAACCCUGGACAGAAGCUCAGAGCUACUGCAGAGAACAUCAUACAGACCUGGUCAGUGUGAGGAACCAGACUGAGAAUCACAUGAUAUGGAGUUUGAUAAACGACAGCACUCGCGAUGCCCGGAUCGGCCUGUUCAGGGACUCAUGGAAAUGGUCAGAUCAGAGUAAAUCCUCAUUCAGAAACUGGGCACCUGGACAACCUAAUAAUAAUGUGGGUAUUGAGAACUGUACUGUCAUGCAGGUAACCGGUAAUAAACGAGGACAAUGGCAUGAUUUGUCAUGUGGUGAUGAAAAGCCUUUUGUUUGCUAUGAAGACAAGCUGAUCCUGAUCAAUGAGACUCUGACCUGGAGUGAAGCUCUGAAUUACUGCAGAGAGCAUCAUGUGGACCUGGUCUCAGUUCACUCAGAGAAGAUCCAGAAGUGGGUGAUGAAGAGGGUUGAAAAGGCCUCCACUGCUCAUGUGUGGCUGGGCUUACGUUACAGCUGCACUCUGGGCUUCUGGUUUUGGGUGAGUGGAGAAUCUCACUGCGACGAGAACUGGGCUCCAGGGAAUGGAACUAUGGUGGAGGAGUGUGUAAAUGAAGGAAGAACUGGAGCGGUUGAGACCAGAGUCAAAAAAUGGAUCAGCCUUCCUGAGAAUACCAAACUGAACUUUAUCUGCAGCAACUAUGAAGAUGACUGA